AUGAGUCUUAAACAAACAAGGACUACAAGAAAUUUAAAACAAACAUCGAUUAAUUCUUUAUUUCUACCAACUAAGAAAGAAAAACAACAAUUAUCAAUAAUGGAAGAUAUAGAAACCGAUAAUAUUCAAUCAUUACAACAAACAACAGAUUUAAAAACGGACGAUACAACUUCAAUUGAAUUAUUAAAUGGUCAGCUGCUUGGUCAUGAUUUGCAUGAUCAGCGGUUAUCCCAGCAUAAAAAACAGCAAGAUCCGUCUAUUCUAACACAAUUGAGAACAAUCAAAAAAUUUGAUGGGCAAGGUGACGUCGAAGAUUGGUUAGAAAAAGUUUUGGAAAAAUUUAGUGAAUUACAACUUACAACAUCUGAACAAAAUGAUUUAAUUCCCGAACUAUUAAAUGGAAAAGCAUUCAUCUGGUAUAUGAAAGCACAAGAAAAAAUGUCAACAUUUGCACUGUUUGCAAAAAAUUUACUUCAGCAUUAUGAACGAAAAGAAUUAAAUCAAGAUCAAAUACCAUCAUUAUCUAUUAAACCAGAAACAUUAGUCGUACAGCAAGCAGUUAUUAAUUCAAAAGAUAAUAUUAUUGAUUCUCUUCGAAAUCAAAUGAUGAUAAUGAAUCUUGAAAAAUUACCAAAAUUCAAUGGCAAAUUAAAACAAAAUCCAUCCAAUUGGCUACAAGAUAUUGAAGAGCAAAUGAACUUAUUUAAAUUAACUAAUGAAGAAAAAUUAUCUGUUAUAUCUUUAUGUUUAGAAGCUGAAGCACGAGACUGGUUUUACGAUAAUAAAAAUUUAAUAUUAACAUGGACAACGUUUACUCAAAAAUUAAUAAAAAUAUUUGGUUGUACUGGAAAAGCUGAUGUUGCAUUUAAUCGUUUACGACACUACGAACAAGGCAUAAAUCAAGAUGUUAGGCAAUAUUAUUUGGAAAUUAUGAAAUUAUGUAAAGAAGCAAAUUCUAGUAUAAAUGAUGACACAAGAUUACAAUAUUUGAAAGAUGGAUUAAAACCAUCAUUAAGAUUUGAUGUAUUACUUAAAAAUCCAAGUAGUCCGGAAGAAUUUUUGGAAUAUGCUCAAAAAGUUGAACAACUUAAAUCACUAGAAAAUCGACAAAGUAUUAAUGCAUCACAAAUUAAUCAACAACAACAACAACCGAAUUAUCAUGAUGAACAUCGUAUUAAUAAUAAUAAUAUUAAAUAUAAUAAUUCGACUCAACAAAUGAAACCUAAUACAAGUAGUACAAAUCAAUAUUAUCAUCAAACACCGGCACAACCUUAUCAAUGUUACAAAUGUGGUGCUCAUGAUCAUUUUAUUCGAAAUUGUCCAUCUUUUCAAUAA